CAUACAGGCUUGGACAGACAUGAGGGUAAAUAAAUAAUGACAGACGUUAUAUUUUGGGCUAAACUGCUCCUUUAAGACACCACUGGUCUUCGGUUUCAAAAUAAAGUGGAUUUUCCAUUGUGUGUGCAAAGGUGGCCGUAAGUUUUUGACAUGGUUCCUCACAUGUGUAAGUCAGGCCAGCUGUGAGGGAAUCUGGGACUGCUUCUCAUUACAUUAGUCCUCUUUUCCCAGCACUGAAAUGUGCUAUCUGUCAUGUCAGCACCUGGCUUGCAUUACCUUGAGGACCGCCUCCUGUCCCUGCCCGGUCUCCAUUCAGCUAUAACUACACGUGCUUCAGCUGCCCUUCAGAUUCACAACGCCGAUGAUGAUACAUUAGCUGUACGAGUCUGAAAAAGUUGUAAUCAUUUUAAUGAUUCACAAGAGAGACCAAUUCUAAAGCAGUCGGGUCCGUAACAGGGCAAUUGUGUUUUACACUUUUUGAAUCUAAUAUGGCUUCUGUGAUUCAGAUACUGAAUACUUAAAUAUUGGAAAUAUUCUGUAAGAUUUGUCAGGGCAAGCCUAACGCUGGUUUGCUGGUAGCUAACAGUCAGGUCAGGUCUCUGUGAAGGACGUUCUGAAGUCAUCUGAACUGGCACAAAAAGGAGCUUAAAUGGGAUUCCAGGAAAAGCAGACGGUCCUCCCUAAUAACCAGACCAAAAGAAAAGUUUGGCCAAACCAGAAGUCUGAACUGCACGGAUCAAAAUGGAGGAAUCAUUGUUUGAUGCUCAAAAUCCUUUAAACUGUCCAAUCUGUCUGGAUAUACUUCAUGACCCAGUCACCACAUCUUGUGGGCACAGUUUCUGUAUGAACUGUAUUAAGAAGGUCUGGGAUCGGGAAAUUCAGAGCGGAGUUUGCAGCUGCCCCAACUGCAGGCAAACCUUUAAUCAAAGACCAACUCUUAACAAAAGUACAGUACUGGCUGAUAUUGUCAAGGGAGUGAAAAAUGCCCCAAUAGCUGGGCCUGGAGAUGAGGGGUGUGAUGUUUGCAGGGUACGAAAACGAAAAGCCAUCAAGUCUUGUUUGGUGUGUUUGGCUUCUUACUGUCAAAUUCACGUCAAGCCUCAUUAUGCGUCUGAAACAUUCAAGAAACACAAGCUGGUGGAACCUGGUUUACAGCAGCAGAUCUGCUCUCAACAUCACAGAGCUCUGGAGAUUUAUUGUCAAGAUGACCGGAAGUGCAUCUGUGUGCUUUGUACCGGAGAAAAGCACAGGGGGCAUAGAACAAUAUCAGCUGCUACUGAAAUGGUAGAAAGACAGAAAGAGCUCAAAAUAAGACGGAGGAAUAUCAAAGAUAACAUGACGAACAGACGGAAGAAAAUGGAGGAGUUCGGGAUAGCUAUGAACCAACAUAAGUUCUUUGCAUUAGAAACAGUCAAGGAAACUGACAAAAUUUUUACAGAGAUGAUCAACACAAUCAAGGAAAGACAAGCUGUGGUACGAGCAAUGGUCACAACUCGCAUGAAGCAAGAAGUGGCUCAGGCUAAGAAGCACAUACAGACGCUAAAUACAGAGAUCCAUCAAAUGCAGGAGGAAGAUGAUCAAUUGGAGCCUCUUCUACAGACAGAGGAUUACAAUUAUUUCUUCCAGAAUAACUCUUUCACUUCUGGACUGUCUUUGCACACAAGCCCAUCUAAGGAUGUUAGAAAAGUCGUGACAUUUGAAAAUGUAAGGAAAUCAGUUUCGGAGCUAAAAACGCAACUGGAAGAAGCAUGUGUAAAGCAUAAGGACAUGAUAUCACAGACAGAAUUGUAAAGCCACUUCGCCAUUAAUCUUUGCUGAUGCUGAAACCACUCAGUAAUCCAGCUGUGCCCAGAUUUAAAAGACUGCUUCAACCACUGAUCUAUAUGAAGGACUGGAUUGCCCAGUGUUGGUGUGCCCAAAAUGUAUAUUAAAUGAAUAGAGAGUUAUCACAUAUUAAUGAUAAAACAGUAACUUACUAGUCCCUGUAGCUAGUAAAUUUUAAUAUUAAUGAUACAUUGGAAUUGCAGGAUAAGAUCGACAUAGGCAUAUUUGGUUAAGGUUUUUGUUAGUGUGAAAGUGGCAGCUUAGAAGAUUGUAAAAAUGUGUAUUUAAUAAUAAAUAAAGAUCUGUAGUAAAACA